GCUCCUGACUCUCUCUGCCUCUCUCCAAAGCUGUUGUUACUGUGUGACUCCCGCACAUCAUUCCACCGCGAUGGAAAUUAAAUGAAGGUGGCUUAACGCAGCUAACAGAGGCAUGCUUUGAAGGAUGUAACCGGGGGAAGCUGCUCUGCCAGAUCCUUUUGCAUGAGCUGUGGAUUUGCGCUGCUGAGGCGAGGACACAGCAAUCACUCAGCCAUGCAGAAGCCCAGACAACAGGACUAAUCUCUCCACCUGAAUUGUGGAAGCUCCACUUUUUUUUCCUGAAUUAUUUAUUCCUCGCUUCCAAAGACAGUGUGGGACAAUGGAGUGAAGUACAUGGUUAAUGUGUAGCUUUGACUGCAGUCUGCAGCGCACAUGGAUGUGUUCAGCUUUGUGAAGAUGCCAAAGCUGUCAGGCCACAGGACCAAAUCCUCAGGCUGGCCGCCCCCUUCAGGGACCUGGAGUCAUUCCCAGGGACCCCCCAAUGGAUGGGACAUGGGCACCAAUAGAGAGGGGCGUGACUGCUACAUCAACCACCUCUCCCAGAGCUGCUCCCUGGAUGAGGUCCGUCUGGACGGGGACCGGUUUGUGCCGCCAGCGCCCCGGAAGGUGGAGAUGAGACGGGACCCAGUGCUGGGCUUUGGAUUUGUGGCAGGCAGUGAGAAACCUGUGGUGGUCCGCUCAGUCACACCAGGGGGUCCAUCAGAAGGCAGGCUGGUCCCAGGAGACGAGAUCAUCAUGAUCAACGAUGAGCCGGUCAGCUCAGCGCCCAGGGAGAGGGUUAUUGACCUUGUCAGGUAUGACCACACACUGAGGAGCUGCAAGGAGUCCAUAUUGUUGAGCGUUAUUCAGCCGUACCCAUCACCCAAAUCGGCAUUCAUCAGCGCAGCCAAAAAGGCCAAGUUAAAGACUAAUCCUGUUAAAGUCCGCUUCGCUGAGGAGGUCAUCAUCAAUGGCCAGGUCCCCGAAACGGUGAAGGACAACUCCCUUCUCUUCAUGCCAAAUGUUCUGAAGGUGUACCUGGAGAACGGGCAGACUAAAUCGUUUAAAUUUGACAGCAGCACAUCCAUCAAGGACGUCAUCUUGACCCUGCAAGAGAAGCUUUCCAUUAGGAGCAUCGAGCACUUCUCUCUAAUGCUGGAGCAGAGAGCCGAGGGCUCUGCCAGCAAACUAAUGCUCCUGCAUGAGCAGGAGAUGCUAACUCAGGUGACACAGAGGCCAGGGUCGCACAAGAUGAAAUGCUUUUUUCGCAUCACUUUUGUCCCGAAGGAUCCUGUGGACCUGCUCAGGAGAGAUGCGGUAGCAUUUGAGUACCUCUAUGUUCAGAGCUGUAAUGAUGUGGUAUUGGAGAGAUUUGGGUCAGAGCUGAAAUACGACACGGCCCUCCACCUGGCUGCACUGCAAAUGUAUAUUCUAACCAUCAACGCCAAGCAGUCCCAGAAAGUUUCCCUCAAGUACAUUGAGAAAGAGUGGGGUCUGGCAUUGUUCCUGCCGCCUGCAGUGCUGUCGAGCAUGAAAGAGAAAAACAUCAAAAAAGCCCUCACCCACAUCCUCAAAACCAACCAGAACCUGGUGCCGCCUGGUAAAAAGCUGACCGCCUUGCAAGCAAAGGUGCAUUAUCUGAAGUAUCUCAGCGAUUUGAGGCUGUACGGAGGACGGGUUUUUAAAUCCACACUAGUUCAAGGCGAGAAGCACACAGAAGUGACAUUGCUGGUGGGGCCUAAAUAUGGCAUCAGCCAUGUGAUCAACACCAAAACAAACCUGGUGGCUCUUCUGGCCGAUUUCAGUCAUGUGAACCGCAUUGAGAUGUAUACAGAGGAUGAGAACAGGGUCAGAGUGGAUCUACAUGUUCUGGACGUAAAGCCCAUCACUCUCAUAAUGGAGUCUGUUGAUGCGAUGAAUCUGGCCUGUUUGACUGCUGGCUACUACAGAUUACUGGUGGACUCUCGGCGCUCCAUCUUCAAUGUGGCCAAAAACACAGAAACAAGCCAAGCAGCGAGAGUAAAGCAGACCUACCAGGCCAUCGAGUGUACAUACAGCACGCCCCAUAAAGGAUUUGAGGACAGAAACAACCAGAGGUGCAACCAAGAUUAUUCUGAGCAGGAUAGUGAAUACCUGGAUCACGGGAGAUUUGAAGGCCAGCCAGUGUACAUAACGGAGAUCCACCAGGCCCAGCACCCGGGGCACACUGUAGAGAGAGCCGAGUGCUGCAGAAUCCCAUGCUCCCAAACUUACCUCAACAUCCCCAGGCCCAAACCCCAAGACUCCACCAGGAGUGCAAAGGUCUCCUUCAUAUUUGGAGAUCCUCCCUUAGAAAGUGUUAACCCCCAAAAUUUGGGCUACCAGAGACUGAUGGAUGAGGGCCCAGAGAUUCUAGACAAUCACAGCCACAUGUACCGGCGUCUCGAGGAGGACUAUAAGAUGAUGGAUGCCAUAGAGGAUGGGUAUCAGUACUCCACCAAAAUCUUCGGUCCCACGGAAUGCAUCGAGGAGCCGCUGCUGCACGAUAUCUGCUACGCGGAGACGACCGAUGACGCAGAGGACGAGGACGACAUCAGUUGUGAGGAGGACAUGGUGAUGAGUGACAUAGACAAACCCAUGUUGCUCUCGCUCUCGGGGUCCAGCGAUGACAUCAUUGACUUGACCUCCCUCCCUCCCCCUCCGGAGGGUAAUGACGAGGAGGACAGUGACGUUCUGCUGCACUCGCUCAACCUGGCCAUCGCUGCUCCUCCCCCCGGCUUCAGGGACAGCUCUGACGAGGAGGAGCAGCAGCAGGGGGCCGGGACUCGUUCCCACGGGGCCCGCAACGAUAUCCCAGUGUCUCUCAUAGAUUCAGUGCCCACCCUCGGAGCAGAGGGCCACGGGGAGCCUCUGAACGAUGCAGUGGUUUCCACCUUACAGGCACUAGAGGCCCUCGCUGCGUCUGAGGAACAGAGUCCGGCUCAGUCCGAGAGUAGCACAGGUGUAGAAAUAUCACGGGCAUUUAGUCCCGACUCCUCCGAUUCUGGCAACGAGACAAAUUCCUCCGAGAUGACAGAGAGCUCAGAGCUGGCCACUGCUCAAAGACACUCAGAGAACCACCUGAGGAUGCACAUGGCCAUGGCAGAAGGAUACCCAGCCGUGAACGAGGAGAAGACAGAGUCCGCUUUAGCCAGCGUUGGUGGAGCGGGAGCUUUGCAGUACCACCCACAGGAGCAUCAGGAUGAGGAGGCGAAAUCAUCUGCUGUCGCCUCCUCCCAGAUUUUUCACUCAGAUGGCGGUGAGAUGGAGCCAGAGACAAUGGAAAUAAAAUCAGUCAGUGAAUACUUCACUAAGCUGCACAUGGGCUCAGUAAUGAGCAGGCAGAGAGGAAAACAGAGGGAGGCAGAGAGCAGAGUCCAAGGAGAAACCUGCGAAUCCUCGGACAGAGGUCACAUGACCUCUCACGACUCGGCUAGAGACGAGCCCGCACAUCUUGUUGGGAAGUACAACGCUUUCACUGUGAGAGAUGCCUACUACAUGAAUCAACUGGAUCUGGGGCGAACACACUUUCAAGACAGAAAUAAAAAAUGGCAGCCCGGAAACAAGAUGGCAGAAAAUCUUUCUCCAGAAAUUGUGAAUGACUCACAGGCUUCCCACGCAGACAGGUUGACAGUAAAGGGAGACAAACGGGACUUAGAUGAAAGAAGCCAACAGUCAAAUGUCCACUCACCCUCGAAAGGACCCGGUCUUGCAGAAGGAGAAGCAGCCUCACAGGACAAUGAGCAGCCGCACGCUUUUUCACGCGAAUACCACGUGAACAAACGCAUGUCCUCCAUUCAGAGUGAAGGCGUCCAUUCUCUGCAGAGCUCCCAGUGUUCCUCUAUAGACGCUGGCUGUAGCACAGGCAGCAGCAGCUGUGUCACUCCCAUGGAUUCUCCUCUCUGUGCCACAGACAAUAUGCAUGUACUGUCAGAGUCCUCGCUGAAGGGGCUGGGUUACACACCUGGUGAGGAAAAAGCUUACGGGCCCCCAGGUCAGGGGAGGGCCGGCCAUCCCAUAGACCCCACCCUGCUGAGGAAGAUCCACUCAGCGACCAGUGCGGAGCCGGGAUUCGGGAUCACACGGGAAGGCAGCCACCGAAUGCCCAAGAUAAAAGAAACCACAGCUUGCACACAGCUGGAGAAGGUUGGGGAAGAGUCAUCUUUAGCUCUCUGUAUUGAGAGCAGUACCACCACCACAACCACGUCACCUUCAUCUUUAAGAAGUAGCACAGAGCUCGGCGGGCUAACACAGGCCAGCCCCGAGCCCGACCCACAAGCCCUGGCUUUCCCUUCAAGCGGACCUUCAUGUGACACUCAAACAAGCAGCCUCAGGAAGCCACACAGGGACCGGAUGCUCAGGAGGAGCUGGAGCGCCAUAAUGCCAGCUUCCAGGAGCCUAGAAGCGCUGCUAGAGAAGACAAGAGCCACACUUACAAGGAAGGGUGGCAGUCAGAACUUCCAGUCUCAAGAUCCCCCAAAAGUAAAGAGGAUAUUCUCUGCCAAAACGUUGUCCAAGAGCUGGUCCCUGGGUUCAGUCGCCUCUAAUCCAUCUGGUAGAAGGCAGAUGUGUUCAGAGUCCACAGCUCAGAGGCUGGGCACGAGGUGCCGUGGGCCGUUCAGUCACUGCUUCCUGCGGAGAAAGAAAAACACUGACGGUGAUGACGAAGACAAAAAGAUGCCUCUGUUCUCCGUCAGCUCUCUUUCUUUCAAUCGCGAGGAAAACGCUGUCUUGAAAGCUGACUCUAAAGCUAUGAAAGACAUGAGCCUUGAAGCCAGGCUGGCUCGUGUCAAUUCAAUGAAGGGAAAAACAUACAGCCUUCACACAGGGUUCGCACUCGCACGUGAGGAUGCCUUAGUGAUGGUCGGCGUGUUGCGUUCCAGCGUCGGCCGUUUGUCCAGACGUUGGAACCACGAGGUCAGCGAGGCCGACGCGGAUACGUCCUCAGAGCUGCUCCUCACGCAAGCCAAAGUGCUGAGCAGCGCCUGCAGUCAGAUGGCUGUGGAGUACAGCAGCCCGGAGGAGUUGCUGCUCACGCUGACUCACAGCUUCCACACACUCUGCUGUCUGACGCAGGCCUGCCUGUCACUGGUGGACGAGCUGAGCGAGAGCGAGCGGCGGGAGGUGGUGGCAAAGGUGGAGGAGGUGGUCAUGAACUACGUGCGUCUGCUGAAAUCUGCCGAGGCAGCGUCGGGAAGAUCCCCCGGUGACCAAAGUGUGAAUGCAUUGACACAUCACUCUGCCACCAUGUCUGUUAUUCUAAACGCACUAAGUCACUCACUGAAAACACUGCUCAACAAAUAAACUGUUGUUAUUCCGUCCUGAUUAUUGAUUUUAAAAGCCAUACAUGAGAGACAUGGGUUUGACAACCAAUGUGAACUGCUGUGAUGAAAAAAACUUGCCUUGUGUAUACGAUAUUUUAUUAUCUAAAAUAAAUUAUAUAAAUCAUUAAAGUUUUAAAUAUAUUAUAUUAAGGCCUCUAUGAAGAAGAAUAUGACACUCCUCUCAAGUAUAUUAUCAGAUAUUAUAUGAUAGGGAUUAUUUUUAUGAUUUAUUGGUUACAGUAGGGUUUUACCAUGUAGAUUAUUUCAACCUUAUAAGUACCUUGUUUAUAAAUUGUAAGAAUAUAUAUUAUGUUAAAGAAAUGCAUACACAAUAUAAAGCUAUCGACGAAUAAUUGCACAGGACAAGACGUGAAUAAUCAUUUAAAUGCAUAUUACUUCUUUUUUUGCUGGAGUCACCUUAAUUUAUUGAGCAGUUUACACGUUGGAAACUGAGUACUUAUCUGUUAUUAUUUGUCAACAUCAUUAAAAAGAUGAAAACUUUUCAAGUCUUUUCAAA